GAGGCCAAACAUCCGGGUUUCUCCUUUUUGCAUUCCUGCUGGUACUACCUCGCCCCUCUCUCUCCCUGGACGUUUCUUUCACCUGGGCUCAGGUCUCACACUGUUCCCACGAGCACGAGCUUCAGCGACGGAAAGCCUCGAGGGACAUGGCGACUACGGCGACGCCGGCCAGCGGCGUCCGAAAUGGAGCUGGCCCGGAAUGGGGAGGCUUCGAAGAAAACAUCCAGGGUGGGGGCUCGGCUGUGAUUGAUAUGGAGAACAUGGAUGAUACCUCAGGCUCCAGCUUCGAGGAUAUGGGUGAGUUACAUCAGCGCCUGCGUGAGGAAGAAGUGGACGCUGAUGCAGCUGCUGCAGAAGAGGAGGAUGGAGAGUUCCUUGGCAUGAAAGGCUUUAAGGGACAGCUGAGCCGGCAGGUGGCUGACCAGAUGUGGCAGGCAGGGAAGAGACAAGCUUCCAGAGCCUUCAGUCUGUAUGCCAACAUCGACAUCCUGAGACCAUACUUUGAUGUGGAGCCUGCCCAGGUCCGAAGCAGGCUCCUGGAGUCCAUGAUCCCUAUCAAGAUGGUCAGCUUCCCCCAGAAAGUCGCAGGUGAGCUCUACGGACCCCUCAUGCUGGUCUUCACAUUGGUCGCCAUCCUCCUCCAUGGGAUGAAGACUUCUGACACCAUUAUCCGGGAGGGCACCCUGAUGGGCACAGCCAUUGGCACCUGCUUCGGAUACUGGCUGGGUGUCUCGUCCUUCAUUUAUUUCCUUGCCUACCUGUGCAAUGCCCAGAUCACAAUGCUCCAGAUGCUCGCACUGCUGGGCUAUGGCCUGUUCGGGCACUGUAUUGUCCUGUUCAUCACCUAUAACAUUCACCUUCAUUCCCUCUUCUACCUCUUCUGGCUGCUGGUGGGUGGGCUCUCCACCCUGCGCAUGGUGGCAGUGUUGGUGUCACGGACUGUAGGCCCCACCCAGCGGCUGCUCCUCUGUGGCACACUGGCAGCGCUACACAUGCUCUUUCUGCUCUAUCUGCAUUUUGCCUACCACAAGGUGGUAGAGGGGAUCCUGGACACCCUGGAGGGCCCCAAUAUCCCACCCAUGCAGAGGGUCCCAAGAGACAUCCCUGCGGUGCUCCCUGCUGUCAGGCUUCCUGUUACUGUGGUUAAUGCCACUGCCAAGGCAAUAGCAGUGGCCCUGCAGUCACACUGACCCUACCUGAAAGCCUUGGCCAGCCCUGACCCCCAGCUCUGGAGAGAGGAAGAUUGAAGGACAGUACUGAGGACGUAUAUCUCUUUGAUGAGGUCUGCAGCAGACACUGAGCUGUCGCUCCUAAACACCUCCUUGGCAUGGGGCUUGGCUUCUCAAAGGCACGAGGCCAGAAACUCCUGGCCAGGACUGCAAGCCUCUGCAGCCAAGUGCAGAAUAUGGGUCAGCUCUUCUGAGGCCCUCACCACCUACCCCUCUUUUCUCUCCCUUUCCCUCCUGUCUUGCUAAAUAUAGACUUGGUAAUUAAAAUAUUGAUUCAAGUCUGGAACUACAGCUCCUGUUCCAGCCAUUCUCCUGUCACCCUACCUCAGAUACACAUUUCCGUUCUGUCAGCAGUGCUGAUGUCGUAUGUCUUCUGUACCCUUACUUGGGCAGGGUGAAGAAAGGACAGGCGGCAGCUGAUUAUAGAAACUGCCCUGAGGGCUAGAGAUACUUGACCCACAGAACAGCAGGCAGGACCAAGCAUGAGAGCCACAAUCCUCACAUACAUGUACACCAGGCUUAAGUCCAGGCUGGCUGUACUUUGGAGAAGCCGAUGCAGCAAUGACAAAUGAACAAGUUUCCACUGACAUCAUUGCAAGGACCUCUGCACCUGGGCACUGUCAGAUAAUGUCCACAUGCAGCUGAUAUUUGAAGCCAAAGAUGGUUCUACUGAGGCUUAGAUUUCUGUUUUCCCUCCAAGUGUUAUUUUUGAGUACCACUACCCUUUAGCCUCCAUUGAAGAGGUAAAUUCAGGCUGAGUGUGAUGGUGUAUUCCUUUUAAUCCCAGCACUCAGGAGGCAGAGGCU